CCCCGCGUCACGUCGGGCGGGAAAGCCAAAAUGGCAGCGAGAGGCGCAGGCGGCUGCGGCGGCGGCGGCUGGUGCUGAGCUGAAGCCUGCCCUGGCUGUGCCAGCCGCGGGCGUCCUGUGCCCUGGGGUGCCAGCCGUGGGUCCCUCCCUGGCCGAGGCUGCUGCCCAGCACCAUGGAGGAGGUGGAGUCUCGCUUCCUGCACCUCCUGCAGCCCAUCAGGGACCUCACCAGGAACUGGGAGGUGGAUGUGGCUGCCCAGCUGGAGGAGUACCUGGAGGAGCUGGACCAGAUCUGCAUCUCCUUUGACAAUGGCAGAACUGUCAUGAACUUCGUGGAGGCUGCUCUGGUGAUCCAGGGCUCUGUUUCCGUCUACAGCAAGAAGGUGGAACAUCUCUACCAGUUGGUCUACCAAACCCUUGACUUCAUCUGCAACAAGAAGAGGCAGAAGCAGCCUUGCUCCGUGGGCCCUGAUGGCAGGGACGCUGAUGCCACCUUUGGGACUGAGCAGGAGGAGUUCCUGUCCUUGGAUGACAUUGGGGACAGCAUCGAGGCCAGCGUGGACCUGAGGAGGGACCAGCAGCCCAACGCGGUGGAACUGCUGCCGCUGACCCCCAUGUGCCUGCUGCCCCCAGAUGACAACGAGAAAAGGUCCCACCCCCUCCUGAGCUGCAAGGGGGAGCUGCUGGCCAGCCGCAGGGAUUUCCGCAUCAACACCUGCACCCCCCACGCCUCUGGAGCCUUCCUGCUGGAGCCCUACGGCCUCUCCCCAGCCUGCAGGCUGCAAGGCUUGGCAGCUGGUGGCCCCCGGGACGUGAGGGAGCAGCUGGGAGCUGCUGUCCAGGCUCUGGACUUCUCUGAGGGAGCAGAUGCUGCAGGCCCUGAUGAGGAUGACAUCAGAGAUGACUUCAUCCCCGAGGAUGCCAUGGAGUUGCCCCCAGCUGCCACCCAGCAUGUGGAGGCACAGAGGAGCCUGCCCCAGCCCAAGGGCUAUGCCCUGCGGGUGCCAGCCCCUGCCCAGGACCCCAAGACCCACCUCAAGGAGAAGUUGGACCCUUGGCAGAGCCUGGAUCCCUUUGCUGACUCUGAGGACAAGCCCCUCAAGAAAGGGAGGCCUUUUGUGUUGCCACCCAGCCUGAAGGAUGUGGCUGGGGGCAAGAGGAGGAGGAAAGGACCAAGGAAGCUCCAGGACUUCAUGAAGUGGUUCUCAGCAACCUACUACAAUGGCAGCGACGGCAGAAGAACCAACAGGAAAGGUCCAACCUUUGCGGAUUUGGAAGCCUUCUACUGGAAGGAGCAGAAGGAGCGGAUGGCGGCGUGGAAGAAGCUGCAGCACCCACUGGAGCCACUGUGGCCAGCAGAGCACCAGCUGGAGGUGCCUGAAGAGGAGGAGGAGCAGGAGGCGCCAGAAGAGGAGCGUGGGGUCGACUGCCAGGGGGACGACGGGGACUUCAUGGAGCACGAGGAGCUGCCACCCGAGAGGCCGCUGGAGCUGGCAGAAGGAAACCUGGCCCCAGCCUGUGACGUGAGCUACGAGGAGCUGGUCCGCAGGAACGUGGAGCUCUUCAUUGCCAACUCCCAGAAGUACCUGCAGGAGACGGAGCUGUCCCACAGCCUGCGCAGCUGGGAGGACAGGAUCGGGCCCCUGCUGCAGGAGCAGGAGGAGCGACCUACCUUUGACAUCCACAGCUAUGGAGUGGCACUGGCAGAGAGGUGCCAGCCUUUGGGGCAGUGGCACCCCUUUGCCAGCCUGGUGUGUGGCCUGCCCCCCUUCGAGGUCAGCAGGUACCUGCUGGCUGCCCUGCAGCUGGCCAACGACCUGGUGGUGGAGCUGGCGCAGGAGGAGGGGCUGGAGGAGGCUGUGGACACGCUGCGGCUGCGCCUGCUCAGCGCCCCCCAGGAGCCGCUCCAGCGCCUCCGCCGCCUGCAGCUCUCGGCAGCCUGCCCCGCAGCGCCCCCCGCAGGUGUGCCCCCGCAAUAGCGCCCCAAUAAACGCCCCCUGGGCAGA